AUCAAGAGUUCUUCGUUGGUCAUGUGCCAUGUUUGCGGAAGUAACUGCAAACACUAGCAGUUGUCAUCUUUUUCUUGUUUUUUAUGUUGUUUCAGCUUUGUUUAUUUCAUUAUGAAUUUACCAAAGGGCCCCGAAUCUUUGUGCUUUGACAAGGAUGUUUUUAUGAAGGAUGAUUUUGACGUGGACCACUUCGUGGCCGAAUGUCGGAAGCAGGUGCAGCUUGAGGAGAUGAGGGUGGACUUGGAGCUCUACUACAAGCUGCUCAAAACAGCCAUGGUAGAGCUUAUCAACAAGGAUUAUGCUGACUUUGUCAACCUCUCCACCAAUCUGGUGGGGAUGGACAAAGCCCUCAAUCAGCUCUCUGUGCCACUCGGACAGCUACGAGAGGAGGUCAUGAGCCUUCGGUCGUGCGUCAGCGAGGUGAUACAAGCUAUAGACGCGCAGCUGUCCAAACAGGAAGACCUGCAGAAGAAGAAGGUUUGUGUCCUGAGGUUGAUUCAAGUGGUGCGCUCAGUGGAGAAGAUUGAAAAAAUCCUCAACUCGCAGAACCCCAAAGAGUCCAACUCACUGGAAAGCAACAGCCCCUUGUUAGCAGGUCAGAUCUUGGAGAGGAUCGCCACCGAGUUCAACCAGCUCCAGUUCCACGCCGUGCAGAGCAAAGGCAUGCCUCUGCUGGACAAAGUCAGACCGCGCAUCGCGGGCAUCACCUCCAUGUUGCAGCAGUCCCUGGAGGGUCUUCUCAUCGAGGGUCUGCAGACGUCCAACAUGGACAUGGUGCGCCACUGCCUCAGGACGUACGCCACCAUCGACAAGACGCGAGACGCUGAGGCACUGGUAGGACAAGUGCUGGUCAAACCCUUCAUGGAUCAGGUGAUUGUGGAGGAGGUGGUCAAGUCCAGUCCCGACGGUCUUCAGGCGAUGUUCUCAAGGCUGCUGGAGUUUGUUCCUCAUCACUGCAGAAUCCUGAGAGAGGUGACUGGGAGAGCCAUAUCCAGCGACAAAGCUGACAUCGUUCCCGGCUACGACUUCCCAGUCAACUCAGUGUGGCCCGAGAUGGUAAAAGGCAUUGAGGAGAGGCUAUCUUACCUCUUCAACCCUGGAAACCCCGACAUUUUCUACCAGCGUUACAGCGCCAGCGCGGAGUUCGUCCGUCGGUUCGAGCGCCAGUGCAGUUCGCAGGCCAGCGUGAGGCGACUGCGAGCGCACCCGACCUACAUUGCCUUCCACAAUAAAUGGAACCUGCCCGUCUACUUCCAGCUGAGGUACCGAGAAAUAGCGGGAAGCCUGGAGAACGCCAUUGGUGAUGGGUUAGAGGUGGCGCCAGCUGGCAGCACGUACCACCUUCAGGCGUCGGCGUCGCUGUGGUCUUGCCUGGUGCGCUGCUGGGCCGACAAAGUCUACCUGCCGCCGCUGGCUCAUCGCUUCUGGAAGCUGACGCUGCAGCUUUACUCACGAUAUGGCACCUUCCUGAACGAGGUGCUGACCAAGACCGCUCCGCCCGAGGGGAGCAAAGAGCCCAGCAGGCCCCUCCCCAGCUCGGCGUCGUCCACCUCCAGCAGGACGUCCGUGGAGGAGACAGGCAGCGAGAGCGGCAGUUCCGCCUCGCUGUCCACCAAACAGCUGGUCCGCAUUGCAGCUGACGUCCAAAAAUUACAAGAGCAAUUACCAGAAGUCUCAGAAAUGGUCAGACGGCGAUUAGAAGCCAUCGGCUUCACAAACUUUGUCAUUGUGGAAGAGGCAUUAGCAGACUCUAAUGCGUGCCUGUCCAGCAGCAUCCCGGCACUCAGCACCCGCAUGACCCAACACCUGAGUGAGCGUAGCUGCCGCUUCCUCAAGAGCGCGUCCGAGGUGCCCCGACUCUACCGCAGGACUAACAAGGAGGCGCCCGUGCGAGCGUCUGCGUACAUGGACAACGCCUUGCAGCCGUUACAUCAGCUGCUGAGCGACUCAACGGGCCUGGUGGACGCAGCCACGGCGCGCCGGUGGCUGACAGUCACGCUUUCUGAAUGCACGCAGAGGUACUACGAGACCAUUUCUGAGGUUCUGAGCUCUGUGAGAAAGAUGGAGGAGAGUCUGAAGCGACUGAAGCAAGCCAGGAAAGGCGCUGCCGCCGCUACCAGUGCUAGCGCGGCCGGAACCAACGGCGGCCCGUCAGACGACACCAAGAUCCGACUUCAGCUGGCUCUGGAUGUGGAGUACUUGCGGGAACAGAUCGAGCAGAUGGGUGUGGAGCCUGCCGAUGUGGCUAUGUUGGCCAGCCUGAUGGAGCUGGUCAAGGAGGCCCGAGAGCUUGGCAAACACAACGCGUGAAACGACGCAAAGAAGGGCAAACUUUGGGCAGGCCGCAAAGCCUCGUCUAUCAUGUGGCAAAUUGGGAUUGGAAGGGAUGAGCGCCAUCAGUUGUGCUUGUGCGGUGCUCGAUGAAAACCGACCGACUACUCUUAUUGUGUGUUGUGAAAUGGAAUAUUUCAGCUGCAUAGUAAAAAUCUAUUUGGGAGUCGA